GGGUUACACUUCCUGUGCCACGAGCUUGUUUACCUGGGACGGUCUGGUCUCGUUUCCUUCUUCAGUGAGUGUGAGCUGUUUAAAAUGGAGAUCGGAGGCAGUUAUCCGCAUGGAUGGGAUUAAAAAUCGCUGUCGAUGCCGUAAACGUGACUGGCCUGGUUAACGGGAGCAAAUGUCAAUCAAAAACAAUCCAAGGAAGAAGCUUUUACUAAAGCUGUGCAUUUAUUUCUACGGCGCAGUAUUUUACAACGGUGUUUUCGGCGGCUGAACUCUACUGCCUUCGAUCGGCGCUUUGAGAAUCAUGGAGGAGGCCUCCCCUGCGUCCCUCACGGACCUCUGCCUGAGCUUCCUGGCCCACUCCCUGGAGCGGUUCUGCCUGGAGCGUGCGGAUGGCUCGCUUUGUCUGCGCGAGACGCUCGUCUUCCCCCAGGAGCUUGCAGGCCAGCUCCUGCGCAAGAUGGCGGUCGAAGGCCUGCUGAACGACAGCACGGUGGGCAUCUUCCGCAGCGCGCAGCACCUGCGCCUGCGCCGGGCCUUCAUCCGCAGGGCCCGCAUCUCGGCCGAGGCCUUCCGCCGCGCCCUCUGCCCCCACCGCCUGCUGGAGCUGGACGCGGCCGGGGUCAACGCCGACCUCACCAUCGCCGACAUCCUGCGCGGGCUGGCCGCCAGCAAGGAGGCGCGCGAGGGCCUGCAGCGGCUGGUGCUGACCGGCCUGACCAUGUCGCUGGAGGAGCCCUCGCGCCGCUGCUUCAGCGCGCUGCCCGGCCUGCGCUCCCUCUCCCUGGCCAACGUGGACUUCUACGACCAGGGCCUGGCCGACGUGUGCGCCCUGCCCCGCCUGGAGAGCCUGGACAUCUCCAACACCUCCGUCACCAACCUGGGCCCGCUGCUGGGCUGCCGCGCGCGCCUGCGCUCCCUCACCAUGCACCAGAUGAAGCGGCUGGAGAUGAGCACGGCGCAGCUGCUGGACGUGCUGGCGCAGCUGGACGGCCUGCAGCACCUGGACAUCUCCGACGACAAGCAGUUCACCUCCGACGUGGCGCGCCAGCUGCUGGAGCGGCCCGGCAUCCUGCCCCGCCUGGCCUCGCUCGACGUCUCGGGCAGGAAGCAGGUGACGGACGCCGCCGUGGUGGCCUUCGUCCAGCAGCGGCCCGCCAUGCAGUUCGUGGGGCUGCUGGCCACCGACGCCGGGUUCUGCGACUUCCUGUCCGGCGAGGGCACCCUAAAGGUGACGGGGGAGGCCAACGAGCGGCAGAUCUGCGAGGCCCUGCGGCGCUACAGCGAGCGGGAGUGCUUCGUGCGCGAGGCACUGUUCCAUCUCUUCAGCCUGACGCACGUCAUGGAGAAGCCGCGGCCCGACAUCCUGAAGCUGGUGGUGGCCGGGAUGCAGAACCACCCGAUGACCCUGCACGUCCAGCUGGCGGCGAGCGCCUGCGUCUUCAACCUGACCAAGCAGGACCUGGCGGCGGGGAUGCCCGUCCGCCUGCUGGGCACCGUCACGCAGCUGCUGCUGGAGGCCAUGAGGAACUUCCCCAACCACCAGCAGCUGCAGAAAAACUGCCUGCUCUCUCUCUGCAGCGACAGAAUACUACAGGAGGUGCCCUUCAACAGGUUUGAAGCUGCCAAAUUGGUGAUGCAGUGGCUGUGCAACCAUGAGGACCAGAACAUGCAGAGAAUGGCUGUAGCCAUCAUCUCCAUCCUCGCAGCCAAGCUGUCUACAGAACAGACUGCGCAGCUGGGCGCAGAGCUAUACAUCGUCAGGCAACUCCUCCAUAUUGUGCGUCAGAAGACGACGCAGAGUCUAGUGGACACCACGCUGAAGUUCACACUUAGCGCGCUCUGGAACCUCACUGAUGAGUCUCCUACAACCUGCCGGCACUUCAUCGAGAACCAGGGGCUGGAGCUCUUCAUGAAAGUGCUGGAGUCCUUCCCCUCUGAGUCUUCCAUACAGCAGAAGGUCCUGGGCCUGCUGAACAACAUCGCGGAGGUGCGGGAGCUGCACUCGGAGCUCAUGUGCCAGAGCUUCGUCGGCCACAUCCGCGAGCUGCUGCACAGCCCCGAGGUGGAGGUCAGCUACUUCGCCGCGGGGAUCCUGGCCCACCUGACCUCGCGGGGGGAGGCCGCCUGGACGCUGGGGCUUUCUCUGCGCUCCGACCUGCUGCAGCAACUGCACUCGACCAUCCUGAAGUGGCCCACGCCCGAGUGCGAGAUGGUGGCGUACAGGUCCUUUAACCCUUUUUUCCCCCUCCUGGAGUGUUCCCAGACACCUGGAGUGCAGCUGUGGGCGGCCUGGGCGAUGCAACACGUCUGCAGUAAAAACGCCCCGCGGUACUGCAGCAUGCUGAUCGAGGAGGGCGGCCUGCAGCAGCUGCACAGCAUCACCUCCCACCCCCAGACCCACCCGGACGUGCGCCACCUGGCCGACAGCAUCCUGGACAGCCUGGAGAGGCACCGCGCCCGCACGGGCCAGCCGGCAGCCCCCCACUCCCCACGCCGGGCCUGAGCAGCCCCCCCCAGAGAGUCCGGACAGCUCGGCGAGGGAGGAGGAAAACCCGUGGGUAGGCCUGGGCUCGUCCCUGCUGGCGCCCCCUUUUGACAGCGUGAGGAAGUGGCUGAAGAUGCCCUGGACUCCUGCCAGCGCUGGGAGAACUCAGGAGACAGUCCUGCUUGGUCGAACCAGAACAGACACAGUCAUCUUUAGGGGCGUUACUGUAGACACUGUAUGGCUGGCCUGGUGAGAGGAACUUAACCUUAUUUAUGAACAGAUCACUUCAGCAAUGAUUGUUAUUCAUUUUUUUUUUUGCUAUGAAAGCAAAUGUGUAUUAAAACUUUAGUAAAGGGUGGCUGAACAAUAGGACCCCUGAAUUCAUAUUCCUAUACAAACGCAUAUAGGUGCAUCUGAACCUUUGAGUGACAUGGGUUUCUUGUGCAGUUUCCAACUUCCCAGUUAGCUGCUUUAGCUUUUUGCUGAGUUGCUAAAAAAGGCUGAACUGGACUUCAACACCUUCGCCUCCAUCUUGGAUGAGUGUGAACGUGCAUGCUGAUGUGUGAGUGGACACUUUUAUUUGUAUUUUCCUAUCUGGACAUUGUAUAGUUUAAGAGAAUCUUCCUAUUAAGUUAUAUAUAUAUAGUGACUAGUUUCAUCCGGACACAAACUGCAAUAAAAUACAUGAGCUAUAGUUAUAUACUGGUAUAAAUAUAUAUGAAAGUGUUUUUUUAAAAAGAUGUAUAUUUAUGUAAGUUUUAAAUGGUGCCUUGUGUGUGUUUUGUGCUAGACUGUGCGUCCCGUCUGUAAUCGUGACAGUACCUGGAACAGCAUGUCAGACAUCUUUACAUUCUUUAAAAAAAAAAAGACUUCUUGCCAGACACGGUCCCUUUGAGCCGCAUAGCUAGAUGUAGUGAGCUUUUCCUCCUUUGUGCAAUCUUGCAUGCUAGAGAAUAAAACGGCUUGUUUGCAGUUUGUUAAAUUCCAA